AGUCGUUCGUUCAACUCUUGUAUAAGUACCACGAUUCCGAUUCGUUACGUUUCGUUUUACGUUUUUUUUUUUUUUUUAAACUUUAACAAUCAGAUGUUAUUAUUGUAAUUAUUAUUUUUUGACGACCGGCAAACGCGGUAAACAGUACUUAAUACAUUUCAUUUACGAGCGGACGAUAUCCAUUUUACAUUAUCCAUUACCCGUAAUAAAAUAUAUACAAUGCAAAAGACCGGGCCACGCGUUGAUUUAGCGCGUUUGUUGUAAACAACAUACAGCUGAAUAAUACUACGAUCGUAUUACACCUACCUAGUAAUAAUAAAAGAAAAUGUCAGAAUCUUUCAUCCGAACAAUCAUCACCAUCGUAUUCGACCGAACGACGGAAGCAGCAUAGAUCCUCGAGUAUUGGCCGGUGUCGGUGGUUGUGUGGUUUUCUUUAUUUUGUUCGUCAACGUUGAAAGGUAUAUGUUCCCGGCUCCCGACGCUGUUCAGACGACAUGCAUGCCAAGUCAAAUUACAAUCUGUACAAUUUACUGACUGGGGCCGUUACAAUAUUUGAAGAGCAGCCAUUGCAUGCAGGCAUCGUAGGAUUUUGUCUGAAAAGUUUAAAAUAACGAACGAGAAGAACUAACGUUAGAAGAGCGAUGAGAGAGACGUAUAACUGUUACCUACACGACCGAACAGCCGAACAGGACGAAGUGCAACAGACAUCUGAAUAUAUACUUUAUAUUAAAACGUUUUAAAAAUCCCAGCGAACAAGAUAUAGAGAAAUUGUGAUAAAGUAUGCAAAGAAUUAUAUUCGAUUAUGCAGUAUUUCUACUGCUGAUUGCGUUGUCAUUCGCAGUAUUCAUUUAUAGUAAAAUAACCGGCCCUAAAGAACAGACGAAAGCGAACUAUGUGUUCGCGUCCAAAGGGUCGGUUUCGAUGGGAGCGAUGCUCCUAUCCAUUACACGUGGAUUUCUGGGUGUCAAAGUCUUCCUCGGGUAUCCAUCCGAAUUUUACUAUAGAGGAAGCGGUAUGUGGGAAACCCUGUACGGAAUGUGCCUAGCAUUCCCGUUGGUUUUAUAUUUUUUCAUACCGGUAUAUUUCAAUCUCGGAAUUACUUCGGUUUAUCAGUACUUAGAUAUGCGAUUCAAAUCAAGACUUGUGAGGAGGCUGGCGUCUGCUACAUACUUUCUUAGAAGUAUACAGAACCUUGGCGUAACAGUUUUCACACCGUGCGUCGCCUUAAAAACUGUGAUGGGAUUGCCUUAUUGGUUUUCAAUCAUCUUAAUUACAUCGAUUGCCAUUGUUUUCACAGUAUUGGGAGGUCUGAGGUCAGCUAUCCUUGCAGACGCCGUACAGAGUUUAGUGAUGAUCGGUUGCAGCAUAAUGAUCAUUAUUCACGGAUUCUUUAUAGCUAAAGGUCCGCUGAAUGUGUUCGAAGUGACCAAGGAACGAGACAGACUGGACUUUUUCAAUUUCAACAUGGACCCCACGCUUCGUGUAUCGACGGUGUCCGCCACUCUUGGUCAGCUGUUCAUGACGCUUUCGAUGUUCGGAUGCCAACAAAAUCUUGUUCAACGCUAUUUUAGUAUGGACUCUCAGAAACAAGUUGAAAAGGCUUUGUGGCUAACCAUACCGUUGACGAUAUUCCUCUUCAGUCUAUCGUGGAUUGUCGGUAUGGUGAUAUUCACGGUGUACGCUGAUUGCGAUCCUCGAGCACUUGGAUACAUAUCGGAGAUCGACGAGAUCAUACCUUUUUACAUUGAAGACAGAUUUUACUUUUUGCCGGGUUUCAUGGGCCUCGUAUUGGCCACCUUAUUCAACAGUGGACUCAGUAUAGUGUCCAAUUUAAAUUCAAUCUCCACUGUUGCUUGGGAAGAUUUUGUCUCACAAAUACCAAUAUUCAAAGGUACCAGUGAAAAGAACCAAUUGUGGUGCAUUAAAAUCAUAAGUGUAGUUACUGGUUUUAUAGUUAUGGGUGUUGCGUUUAUUGUCGCACAAUCUUCAGGUGUUAUUGAUGCUUCUCAGCUAAUGACGUCCGCAACUAGUGGACCUCUUUUAGGAGUUUUUGUUUUAGCUAUGUUUUUCCCAUCGACGAAUUGGAAAGGCGCUGCGGCCGGUAUAAUAUCUAGUCACUUGGUGACCCUGUUUAUUGUUCUUGGAUCGUUAUCUAUCGCCAAAGAACCUAAUUAUCUGCCAGUGUCCACUGAAGGGUGUACGAAUACGACGUUCUCGCCAUACAUCGAACCGAUUUUUGAUAUACAGUAUAACCAAUACAAAAUGAGCUUUAUGAACAAAACCCACGACGACAUUUCCAGUGUCCUGUCGAUGCCUAAAGUCGAAUCGUCCUCUACAGACGAUAUACUGACAAUGUUGUACUCGAUAACUUAUAUGUACUACUCAUUAUUGGGCACAUUUGUAACAGUUUUCGUCGGAGUCAUAGUCAGCUACAUGACAGCCAUACGGACUCGUGAUGGCGUACAAUAUCAUCCACUUGGUUAUGAACCCAUACUAUAGAUUUUAAGACCAACCUUGUAAAAACAUGGCUACAUGCCAAUGUUUUUCUUUAGUUGUAUUUUUUUUUAUAUAGUGAUAAAUAUUUUUUUAUUUAUUUCGUUUUUAUUUCACGAGAAGGUUAGGUUAGGUUGAAACGUGUGAAACGUCGAUCGUAGUACGGGCUCGGCGGUCUGAGUUCGCUAAGUGUUUUAUUUAUGUUUGUUUUAUAAUUUAAUAAAAGUGUUUCCGACCAG